CGCCUCCUCUGAUAAACUGGUGUCACAAAAGGGGCGAGGCUGGGUGAGCUCUAAAUAUUUUGUUGUUCUCUAGCUCUAGCUCUGUUCUACUAGACUAGAUCUAUAGUUCUAUGCUGUGCUGGUCUUUUCAAGCUAUGUCCACCAAGCUACCCAUUAUGUAAUGGAUGCUCCCAUUGAACCAUCACCUCGUUCCGGUACAUUCUCUACUGCAGCUGAUGGACGCCAUUACUAUUGGAGGGGGAAGGGUCCAGGACGAGGGUCUAACAUCAUUGCUGUGUAUGAUCCAAGCACUGAGCUGUGGAGCCUCUUGCCCACCACUGGAACUCUACCCCCUGGAAAGUUUGGUGGUUGCUCUGUUUGUGUAGGUCGUUGCCUGUACACCUUCGGUGGUUCGGAUGGGUCUUCUUACGUCAAUGACAUGAGCAAGCUUGAUCUGGACACUCUCCAGUGGACCAAAAUCAAAACCUCUGGUAGUCAGCCUAUGAAAAAGGCUUACUGUGGACUUGUCUGUGUGAAUGAGAGAACUCUGUGCUGCAUUGGAGGAUACGGUAUUGAGGGCACCACACAACCAGGAUCAACAUUCACCAGACACACUGAUGGACGUGGAUGGACAAAUGAGUUUCACUUCUUCAAUGUUGAAAAUGGUGUCUGGUCAUCCCCUGAGCUCAGAGGAGAGAGACCUCCUCCCUGUAGUGGCUUCACCUUCACCAUGGUGGACAAACACAGGGCAGUCCUCUUUGGAGGGCGCCAACCUGGCUGUGAUUGUAGAGUCAAUGAUGUCUACCUAUUUAAUUUGAGGGACAUGGAGGUCACUAAGGUGAAGCCAGUACAGGAAGAGCCAUGGCCAGUGGGGAGGUCACUCCAUGCUGCCUGUUGUCUCAACUAUGACCAGGACCACCCUCAACUACUGAUGUAUGGACGACUGGAUAAUGACGACAAGACACUGGGGGACAUGUGGACACUGGAUGCGGACACUGGCAAGUGGACAGAGGUGACACCUCCUGAGUCAAUGACACCACGUUACCUCCACUCCAUCACUGCCACCAGUCUGGGACCAGGACUCACUGAGGUCCUCGUGUUUGGAGGCCGUCGGGAGUGGAGUGGAGAUAACAUUGCAGAGACCACCAUACUGAGAUUUGAGUUGACUGGACCCUCAGUGUCUGUUGCUGGACCCUCGGCUGGGAAGUGGGCUCUCGUGGAUGUGGCCCACAACGACACUAGAGGCUCCGCCCAGCGACUGAGUGAGAAGAGGAUCAGACAAGCAACUGCUCGUGCCUCAUCAGUCAGUGAGACCAGCGACCACUCCUCUCAAGACCGGAUUAGAGUUCUGGAACAACAGUUACGAGCAGCAGAGCAGAGAGAGCACGAUACACAACGUCGCCACCAACUACAGUUGGAAGAAAAGGAUCGAGAAUUGGCCACUAAAGAUCUUGAAUUGGCUACACAAGCUGGAGAAUUGGUAACGAAAGAUCUUGAAUUGACCGAAGCCAACCGUCGCCAUGAAGAUGCCGAGGAAAGAGCGCAACUGGCAGAGCAAAGAGAGCAAGCGACUCAAAAUCGCUCUGAACAAUUGUUGCAAGAAAAGGAUCGGGUAUUGGUGAUAAAAGAACGAGAAUCAUAUGAUGCCAACCAUCGCCGUGCAGAUGCUGAGAGGAGAGUCCAGGAGCUGAUUGCUGAAAUCGAACGACUUCAAGAAAGCCUCCAAGAGCUUACUGCUGAAAAUGGGAGGUUAAACAGGAGAGCCCAGCUGGCAGAGGAGCGAGCAGAGGGUCUGGAGACUCAGUGGGUGGUCCAUCGCGAGGAUAUCACAAUGACAGAGAGACAGCUCGGUGGAGGAGGAUGGGGGGUCGUCAAAGUGGCCAAGUUCCGAGGAAUCGAGGUGGCAGCCAAGACACUGUACGAGCAGCUCACUUCCGUGUAUUAUCGACGCAUGUUUAUUCGUGAGAUGAACAUGGCGGCUCGUCUGCGACACCCACACCUGGUCCAGUUCAUAGGAGCCACGCUGGAGGGGGAGAUGAUCAUCCUGACAGAGCUCAUGGCCACCAGUCUGAGGAGGGUGCUGGAGGGAGGUCGUAUCUCACGUGAACACAUCCUCUCCAUCUCUGUGCAGGUCUGUCAAGCCCUCAACUAUCUCCACCUCAUGCAGCCAGACCCAGUGAUCCAUCGUGACAUCAGCAGUGCAAACGUCCUCCUCAACCCUCUACCCAAUGGCCGCUGGAGUACAAAGGUCACAGACUACGGCUCAGUGAACACCCUGCGGAUGUUAAACACUGUCAAUCCAGGGAGUCCUGUAUACGCUGCCCCUGAGGCCGAUAACCCGUCGCUCCAGUCAACCAAGAUGGACAUGUUCAGUCUGGGGGUGCUCCUGAUCGAGAUGUGUUCUGGCCAGUUUCCGAGCCAGGAAGAACGCGAGAGCUUAUUCCUCACCAUCCAAGACCGUCAGUUCUCUGACAUCAUCAGUCGCUGUAUCGAUAGAGAGAGAGACAAUCGACCAACCGCUCGACAACUGUUGAAUGAACUACAGUAGAACUGCACUAGAUAGAUAGUUUUGUUCAUCUACUAAAUUGGAGUUUUUUUUUUACGUUGUUGUAUUAUAAUUAUCUCAAAUUAUGUGUUUUUGUCAUUGUUUUAGCCAAGGCAUAAAUUGAUAUUGAUUGAGAAGAGACAA